CAUCUCAGCAUUCCAUCCAUCGACGGAGUGUCCAGAUUCACCUUCAGCAUCUCCAGCAGCCAGGACAUGGAGGGUUCCCAGGGUGGCCUCGAGUGUGCUCAACAGACCGGCCCUAAAAGCCUCGAGAGCCUCGGCACUAUACCGUACAAGAUGCGGAUACAGGCAAACGAUGACGUUUACGAGACCACCAGGCACAGAAUGGCGGUCGCCGAGGAGAAUAACAAGAACAAAUGCACCAGGGUGAUCAAGGCGAACGGUCCAGAUAUCGGACGCAAGGUGAAAGUGAAAGGAACCGGAAGGACAAUACCUCCUCCGUCAUCGUAUGCAAGGCAUCGGGAAUCCACGACGAGCAUUCCAACUUCCGGCAAUAGUCAGCCCAAAGCUUCAACCAACAAGCCGAUCGCUAAUAGUAGUAGUAAUAGUAAUAGUAGUAACCAUCUAGCGGCGGCUCGCAAUCUGGAGAAAAAAAUUUCCGACAUUAUGCGCAGGCCACUUAAGGAAAGACUUAUCCACGUCCUUGCUUUGAGGCCCUACAAGAAGCCCGAACUCUAUGAUCGCAUCAACAAGGAGGGCUUGAGGGACCGAGAGCGAUCCGUCAUGCCGAUGAUCCUGAAGCAAGUGGCUUACAUGCGUGACAACACGUAUCACUUGAACAGGCACAUCUGGAACGACGUGCAGGAGGAUUGGCCUUUCUAUACCGAGCAGGAAAGGACAAUGUUGAGGAGGCGGAAACCUCAGAACCUCACGCCACCUGGCUCGAGCGACGGUGGUUCCAGUGGCAGCGGUCAAUCACCCAAUUCCAUUCAUGCGGGCUCACCGCCGGCCAUCACGGCACCCCCGCCCAAUUUGGUUAGUAAUAAGAGACCAGGAUAUUACCAGGGUAGCGACGGAUUAACGACGAAGAAACCGCGGAUAUCGCAUUAUAGGAGACCCGAACCUAUCUCCUUUAUCCCCGCCGGCGAAAGGGUGUCUGGCAGCGGCAGUUAUAGUAAUAACAGUGGUGUUAGUGCAACCGCCGGUGGCGACCGUAUCGUUAAUCGUAUCACCAGCGUUAAUAGUGGUUGUAGUAGCAGCAAUAGUGGUGGUGGUGGUGGUAGUAAUAGUAACAGCGGCGGUAGCAGUUUUGACGGUUGGGAAUUGAGGCAACAAUCGCAGCGUGAACGCGGCAACAGCAGCCGCGUUGAUUACCGAGCCGAAAGGACAGCAAACAGUGAUAUUCUACGGGGUACUGGAAACAUCUACAGCGAUGUCGCCGUCGUUGCCGCCGUCACCGCGGUGCCAAGCGGUUCCAAUCGAUCAUCGUACUUGACGCCGUUGUCGCCUAGUGAUAGUGAAAGGGGCAACCACGGGCAUGGACACGACGGUGGUGUUAUAGCCAAUGGAAUUGCCGGGGGCAGCUUGAUCGACGUGCACUCUGAUAGGAGAGAUAGGAGCGAUAGGAGUCGAGGUGCGAGAGAAGAGAGAAACAGAGAGAGGGAAUCCAGGAAUAGGAGUAAUGCAGCGAAUGAUGCGGCUAUCUACGGUGAAACUUCUAACAGCGCUCCUACUUAUGUCGAUAACGCCAAUGGUACUGCCACAAUCUCGCUGCCGAUUGAUGAGUUUGAAAGGCUGGGAAGCACCGGACAAUAUCUCGACUACCGCACGGAAUAUACAACGAUAAGCAGCCCGGAACAGAAAAGGCGUUACAAAGAGGAAUUCUACAGCAAUUACGACGAAUAUCGCAGGUUGCACUCCGAAGUACUUGUAGUCGCGAAUCGCUUCAGGCAUUUGUAUCAAUUAUUGCAAAGUCAACAGAAAUCGGGCAAUGUGAUCGAGAGCGAGGAAACCAGGGAACAGAUAUUUUGUGAGUACAAGAAAACUAAGCAGAAUCGAGUGUAUCAGCAGACGAAGGAACGGUUCGACUAUCUGCACAAUAAGCUGAGCCAUAUAAAACGACUGAUCUUAGAAUACGACAGUGAGCACGCCGCCGACAGGAUAUCGACUGCAAAUACCAUUGAUAGUGGUAUAAUUAGCACCACUAACUCCAUGAAUAACGGCAGCAACAACACCGGGGGUAUCAACAAUCGGCAUUACUGACAUAAACUGAAAAAACCGCCUCUUAUUCCUCUCCUCUUCUUCGGUACUGUCAACGUUGCCAUAGAAUCUGCAUUUUCUCGGCAAGUUCUAAGGCUGAUCUUUCACGGUCCACAUGGUUCCUGUGUUCUAUCGCCGAAAAAUCAAGUGACUCUAAAUGGCUCGAAGUUGCGCGAUCUCGUGUACAAUAUUUAUCAUAAAGCAUUUCGCAAUGAUAAAUAUACACCGUACGCGAAAUACUCUUCCUGCGAAUUCUCUUUACGUCUCCGCUGCAAGAGCCAACGAUCGCAACGAUUUCUACGACGGCGACGACCUCGCCGAUUCUCAUCAUCACGGUAAGAUUUGCGCGCCGACUUCGACCAAUUCUAAUACUUGCGUGGUGAAGGCUGACGACAAUCGAGUUACAUUCAAGAGAUAGGCAAACAAGAGAAGAAAUACCCGUGCCUGUGCGAAAAUCCAUAGAGAAAUGGAGAUAAGGGCAUUCUGACGAUCAGCGAAAUAUAAAAUUGUGCGGGGACAUACCGAGAUUUUAAAGCUGGUCCCGUGACGACUGAGGAAGAUAUUGUAAAAAAUCGAAUAGAGAAGGCGCAACGGGAAAAAAGUAGUUAAACUCUGUAAUAAGUUACUUACCGUGCGCACGUCCACAAGUGUCGUCCACUUUAAGAAGUACGUAAAUAAAAGAAAAGAAACAAAAAAAAAUGAUAUGAUUGUGAGAAGAGGGUCCAAGAGAUAAUAAGGCUUACCGCGUGCCACGUCCGGGUUUCUUUUUGUCCGCCGGAAGGAGGAAAGAAAACUGGCUCGCAAGACACAUAUAACAUAUACAUGCGUACAUUUUAUCCAUGAGCUGGCACGAAUCCUCUCGCGCGCGAUUCGUGCGUUGCUCGUCGCAACUUGAGAAAGGACUUGGAAAAAAAAAAUAACGGGUUACCUUCCUAUAUGUGAGAGAGAGACCGUGGUACUUCGUGAUUUUAAGAUUCUUUGUUACUUCUUCGUUCUUUUUUUCCUUCGCUCAUACGUUCUAUAUGAUAGCGUAUUGAUUAUCUAAUAGGUAUGAUCGGUUGACAAGAAAAAACCGAGACACGAUAAGCAGCCUUAAGGGAAAAGAAAAAAGAAGCAAAAGAAAUUGUUCAACCGCGCAAAAUAACAACUCAAGC